UAUCGGUUAUCGAUAGCCGAUAACAGCUUUUAAUAAACAUGUUUACUACGCUCCACAGCGAGGAUACGGUAUACUCGGCAGAUUCCGUGGAGUGGCUGACGCAGGAUGAUGCGACAACGGGCUUCUUCGCCUGCGGCACCUAUCAGUUGGUCCAGGAGGAGGGGGAACCAGCGGCGGAGAUUUCAUCCAAGCGUCCACGCAAGGGUCGCGUUUAUUUGUACCAUUUUGAAGAGGCAAACUGCAGGCUGGACCGGCUGCAGUGCAUAGAAACGUCUGCAAUUUUGGACAUGAAGUGGCUGCCGGCCUGGUGCAAUGAAAGUAAUCCCCACCUUGCCACGGCCAACUCAUUGGGACAGCUGGAAAUCUACGAGUUGCUCAGAGAUGAGAAGAAACUGCAGAGGCGCACGUGUUUUUGCCUGGCGGAGGAGGAAUCGCAGGAGGAACCCCCUUUGGCGCUCGCCCUAGACUGGCAACAUGACGGGCAGCACAUCCAAUUGGCUAUUUCCGAUUCCAAAGGCGGACUGAAUCUAUUGAAUUACUCGCCACAGGGUGAGAUAAUACGCGAGCGGUCUUGGCUGUCCCACGGUUUUGAGGCGUGGACCUGCGCCUUCGAUCGCUGGUCACCGCACCUUCUGUACAGCGGUGGCGACGAUAUGCUGCUCAUGGCCCACGAUUUACGCACCGAGCAGCGUGCCUGGACCAACCGGGCGCACAUGGCUGGAGUCACCUGUCUGCUAAGUCACCCGCGGCACGAAAACCAUCUGCUCACGGGAAGCUAUGAUGAGCAGCUGCGUCUCUUCGACACCCGAUCGAUGAAGCGAACUCUGGCGGAACUGGACUUGAGCGGAGGCAUCUGGCGGCUGAAGCCGCAUCCAGCUCAGCCCGAUCUCAUCCUUGCCGCCUGCAUGUACACCAACUUUAGUGUAGUGGAGCUGGAUGUCGCGGCACCUAGCUUGAGUUUACUGGGCGCUUAUGAGGAGCACAAGAGCAUCUGUUACGGCGCUGAUUGGGCUCCAUUCCGUAACAAGGACGAUGCGUCCCUGACCAUGGCCACUUGCUCAUUCUACGAUCACAAGUUGUGCGUGAGUCGCGUGGAGAUUGGCAAGUGAAUUCGGAUACUCGAAUUAUUUGCACUUUUUAUCAGGCAAAUGUUAUGUUUUUCAACUAGAUGUAAAUAAAUAUUAAUUAUACCAACA